CAGCUGGGUGGGGACAAAGUGACAGCUGAGGGUUUGGGACCCGUGAGCACCUUUCUAACGCUGCCGAGACAGAGCAAGGCCGAGUUCACUCCCUGUCCCUGGCAGCCCCUCGGUGGGCGUUCUUUCCAGGGCAGGAUGGUGGCUGCUGAGCCCCGUGAGCUGGGUGCUGAGUCGGCUGCCGCACUGGCAGCGUGUAGCGGAGGAGUGCAGAGCCGGGAAGGGUCUUUCCAGCCCUACUUCCUGCUGCAGCUCCGUCCUGGCGGGGUGACCGACAGCACCGAGGGCCUCAGGAGGGCCGGCAGAAAGAAGCGGGACCUGGCGGGGGGGUCUGGGCGGGCGCGGCACCGCCCCCGCCAGUAGCAGGCGGGCCCGGCGCGGGCGGCAUCGCGGAGCGGCGGGGACAACGGCGGAGCGUGCGGAGAGGAGCUGGUGGGCAGAACCAGGUCAGCGCUGAGCCAGGCCGGAUGGGCAGCACAGCAGCGCCAGAGCCCGGGGAUCCCCGGGGUGGCUGAGCUGGCCCAUGGCGGCAGGUGCAGGCGCCUUCGCAUGGGUCACCUUCCCUGCCUUGCCCACGAAGCGUGUGUACUGCAGUGCUGCGCACCGUGAUGGGCAGCUCUUUGUGCUGGGCGGCUGUGGGGGGGGUGGGAGAGCUCUGGGUGCUGCCGAGGUGCUUGACCUCCUGGCACAGCGUUGGACCAUGCUCCCACCGCUGCUCACACCACGGGCAGGCGCUGCUGCCCUUACCCUGGGCAAGCAGAUCCUGGUCGUGGGUGGCGUGGAUGCGGCACAGAGCCCCCUUGCUUCUGUCGAGGUCUACCACGUGGAUGAGGGCAAGUGGGAGAAGAAGGCAGCUUUGGCUCAGCCCUCCAUGGGCAUCUCAGCUGUACAGAGAGAUGGGGCCGUCUAUGCACUGGGGGGAAUGGGUGCAGACACCUCUCCCCAGGCACUGGUCCGUGUCUAUGAGCCAGCAAAGGACCACUGGCAGCCCCUGCCCUCCAUGCCUACCCCCUGCUAUGGGGCCUCCGCCUUCCUGCAGGGCAACAAGAUCUUCGUUCUGGGGGGCCGGCAGGGCAAACUGCCUGUCACUGCGUUUGAGGCCUUUGACUUGGAGACGAGGAGCUGGACACGCUACCCCAGUGUCCCCAGCCGCCGCGCCUUCGCUGCCUGCGCCAUGGCUGACGGGGUCGUCUUCAGCCUGGGGGGGCUGCAGCAGCCAGGGCCCCACAACUUCUAUUCCCGACCGCACUUUGUCAACACAGUGGAGAUGUUCGAUCCCACACAGGGUGCAUGGAGCAAGCCAAGCCGUGCUGUCCGCAUGAGGGAGAAGAGAGCUGACUUCGUGGCUGGCUGCCUGGGAGGAAGAGUGGUGGCUGUAGGUGGCCUCGGUAAUGCCAGGGGGGAACCAGUCCUGCCCACUGGUCUCAGUGGAAGGGUUCAGCCUAUCGCAGAAGAAGUGGGAGCCGCUGCCCCCCAUGCCCACUGGCCGCUGCUCCUGCUCCAGCUGCCCAACGCCCAGCCUGCUCUUUGUCAUUGGUGGGGUGGCCCAGGGUCCCAGCGGUGCCGUUGAAGCUCUAUGCCUGCGUGACACGCCCUGAGCAGGGCCCUGAGGACCAGCCUUGGCCGCGUACCAAGUGCCUGAAAACAGGGACAGGGGUGUAAGCACCUGUGCAGGCAGGUGGCCUGGCCUUGGGAAGCCACCACCCUGUGACGCUGGGGUGCAGAAGCAGGCGAGGUUGCUGGCCAUGCUUCGGAAAUCCCUCUGGGCUCCUGCACUGCUGUGGCAAUGGAGCCCAGGGCAAGAAUCCUGCCUGAUGGAAGGGCUGUAGCUGGUGGCAUGCAGGGAGCAGUGGCGGCAGGACUGUCACUGGCCAUGCUGCCCUGUCCAGCCCUAUCCAUGCUGCGGCGUGUCCAUGCCAUGUGUGUAGCAGUGAGUGCUGUGUCGUCGUAGACCCAGUCAAUGUCUCAUGUAGCACAGAGGUGCCCUGUAGCUCAGUGCCUAGGAGGUGAUGUAGCACCUCAAAUAAAUGAAAGAAAUAGAACUCUA